AUGAAGAGUGUAAUGAUUUUGGCUUUAUUUGCCUUUGUGGCUGCUGAUACAGACUAUUACGUCCUGGAUAAAAUAGAUUUAUCAAAAAUGGAAAACAACAUUGAAGAGCUUAAAAUUUUAAUGGACUGCAUCUUAGAUAAAGGAGCUUGUUCUGAUUUAUACAACAGUUACAAAGGUGUUAAAUCUAAAAACAAAAUGAAGCUGCUUAUUCUCUUAGCUCUUGUCUCUUUUGUGGCUGCAGAGGAACAGCUUUACUCCUUGCAAAAAAUUGACCUGUCGAAUGUGGGCGAAAAUAUUGGGGAGUUUAAGAAAUUUAUGGACUGUCUGUUAGACAAUGGUCCCUGUUCUGAAGUAUACGAGAGUUACAGAGUUCGCGUGAAUGAAUCCCUUCAAUCGUCCUGUGGAAAGUGUACUCCUGAAUUGAAACGAUUUGCUGUUGAGUUCUUUGACGUACUCAAAAAAUACUUACCUCAAGAAUAUGACGACUUCUUAAAGAAAUAUGACCCAGAAAACAAAUAUUUUGACGUUUUUAUGGCUGAAGUCUUAAAAUACAAAGUUUGA